GUUUUCAUCCUACUGCAGUUUUCUUAGUUAUAUUACAAUUUCACAAAAAAGAGACCAGUCAAUUGAGAAUAAACAAAUAGGGAGAUGGUUGAGAAACCAAAAAUUUGUGCGGCUGCAUUUGAGCUUGAACCUAAGGUUAGAAGUUAUGAAGAUUUUCAUCCAUACGCCGAAUUGAACACAGAAGAAAAAGACAACAAUAUCUUAACUGUUUAUCUUCCUGGAUUCAAGCAGCAGCAAGUAACUGUUACAAGGGUGCGGUCAUCUCACAAAAUUCAGAUUGAGGGAGAGCGAAUGGAUGCAAAUAAGAAAAGGCAAAAAUUCAACCAAUUUUAUAAAAUGCCACAAAAUUCUAACAUAGAUAAGAUCCAAGCAAAUUGGGACAAGGAAAGUCUGACAAUUAUAAUGCCUAAGGAGAUGAUUAAAUGUGCAGGAGCUAAAGAAGAUAAAGUUGCUGUGGAGAUUAAUAAAGAAGAGGGGCAAUGUAAGGUUUACCUUGGCGUGGGGGCUCUUGGGGGUGUUCUAGCUCUCGCUUGUGCGGCACUUGGAGCUUGUCUUUCCUACAUAAUUAAUUCAAAGGCUUGUCCUUGAAAUAUUAUAUGGAUCGUGUUAAAAUUUUUUUUUUCUUAAGUUUUAUUUUCUGUCAACUGUAAAUUCUGAACACAAUGUGUUUUACUUAAUGGAAUAAAUUAUUAUUUGGGAAAAUGCUUAUGUCUUCAC